AUGAAUAAUUCUCCCUACAUUGUAAAAAGGAAGCAGCGAAUUGGGGAUUGGGUAUGUGGCUAUUGCAAAAAUCUUAACUUCUCAUUCAGAAACACAUGUUUAACUCACGCUUUAUUCAUUUUUAGGUAAUAGAUGCAAUAAACCCCCCACUAAAACACCAUCCAAACAUUAAUACAGAGGAUUUCAAACCCUGGUUCUGAUCCAUUAUGAGGAACCAACUGAAAGCAUAGAUGAACUGCUUGAAAACUAAAUCGAUCCAAAUGUCACAUCAAGUCUAUUAGUCUUAGGCUUAGAUCAAUUUUGA